AUGGGCUACAGAGAGUUGCCCUUUCCCCCAGUCACCAAGCAGCACAUCUUGAAUUGCUCAUACCACAAUUGGCACCCAAAAUACCGCGCAGUGACGCCCAAAGCGCGUCUCGUGCCUCUUCCGCCCGCCUUCCUUGAAUACCUCCGCGCAGACGGCAUUGUCCUGCCCCCCGAAGAGAACGACAAUCCGUCGUGGUCAGACAACGACAGCGGCAUCUUCUCGGGCGCCGACAACAACGACGACGAGGCCGAGGAGAGUGUAGACCCAAGCGCAGAGUGGCGCGACACGCACGAAGCCAUUGAGCGCACCAUCGAGGAGCUGGGCGGCAAGGUCGCACCCAAGCUCAACUGGAGUGCGCCAAAGGACGCAACCUGGAUAGCAGCAACAAACAGCAUGGAAUGCCGCACGCCAAACGACAUUUACCUACUGUUGAAAAGCAGCGACUUUGUCACGCACGACCUUGCCCACGCCUUUGAUGACACGGCCGAUGGAUCCACGACGUCAGACGCAGCGAUACCGUACCAUCUCGUUCUGCGAAAGUGGAUAACUCUCAACCCGAGUGUCGAGUUUCGAUGUUUUGUGCGCGACCGGCGGUUGAUCGCGCUGUGCCAGCGGGACCUGAAUCAUUUUGAUUUCUUGUUCAAGAUGCAGGACAAGUUACGCGACACCAUCCAGGCCUUCUUCGACGCCAAGCUGCGCGAUACCUUUCCCGACCCAAACUUCACCUUUGACGUCUACGUACCGCCACCCCACGACAAGGUGUGGCUAAUGGACUUUAAUCCGUGGGCCGUACGGACAGAUCCUCUAAUCUUCUCGUGGAUGGAACUGCUCACCAUGGAGGUACCCGAGACAGCACCGACCGAGGAGACGAGUGUGCGUUUGCAGAUAGCUCAACCGGGAGAAACGAGCGAUGCUGUUCCCGUAGCGAGCGAUGCACACGAAGACGACAGCUCAGAUGACGAUGACAUCGAGGAGCUAUGGCAGCCCGAGUUCCGCCUGGUAAGGAGAGACGACCCCGAGGCGUACGGCUUCACGACGCCGCAGUACAGCGCUCACAAGCUGCCCAAAGACGUGGUGGACGCGAGCAGGGGAGGAGAGGGGCAGCUAAGAGAGUUUGCGAUGCAGUGGGAGCAGGCACAGAAGUUGGCCGAGCAACAGAGGGCAGAAGAUAGCGACGACGAUUAG